AUGCGCCUAACAAUUGGAGCUGAUAGUUCUGAUAUGGACUCUAUUAGGGAUUUUGCGAAAUGGCUGCUUGAUAUUGGGGAAGGUAAGUUGGGAGAUGAUAACGAUGCUGAAGCAAUUAUUGAGAUACCUGAUGAUCUAUUAAUCACCGAUAGUUCCGAUCCAAUACAAAGCAUAAUUGACUUCGUCUACCCUUCAAUUAUUGAACAAUUUCGGAAUCCUGGUUUUUUUUCUGAACGAGCAAUUCUAGCACCAAAAAAUGACGUAGUUCAUGAAAUUAACGAUCGAUUGCUUUCGUUAUUUCCAGAUGAUGCUAAAGAGUAUUUGAGUUCCGAUAGCAUAUGUCAAACUGAACAAAUGCUUGAUUCAUUUCAAGAAGGUUUAUACUCAACAGAAAAUUUGAAUGCUCUUAAGAUUUCUGGGUUGCCUAAUCAUAGAUUGGUUCUUAAAGUUGGUGUUCCUGUCAUGCUUCUUCGCAACAUCGAUCAACAUAAAGGUUUAUGUAACGGUACAAGGCUAAAAAUUACUUUGUUAGGAAAACGAGUAAUAGAAGCUGAAGUGAUAUCUGGCGCUUGUUUUGCCAGGACAAUUAACAAGAGUCAAGGUCAAUCCUUAUCAAAAGUUGGUCUUUAUUUGAAAGAUCCUGUGUUCACUCAUGGUCAGUUGUAUGUGGCAUUAUCAAGGGUCAAGACCAGAGAAGGAGUUAAAAUAUUGAUAUUCGAUGCUGAUGGAAAACCAACAAAUAAGACGUCCAAUGUGGUCUAUAAAGAAUUCUUUGGUAGCUUAUAA